CAUAAUUUACUCAUUGCUCUUCAUUCUUGGACAAUGGAUGAAAGAGCACGUCAUGCGAAUGUAUAUGCGAUGCGUGCGCAUGCAGCUCGCAAUCUCCCUUUGAUUUCAGCUGCGCACCACCGUGCUCUCCAGCUUAUCCUGGCAACAGAAGCCAACGAUAUCCGAUUGUCACCACAGCAGCGCAGGAACGCCCGGACCUUGCAACAGCAUUAUCAACAACAAUAUGUUGACACUUGUUUACAUCGAAAUAGCAUUAAUGAUACCAAUAGCAAGAGCAAGAGCAAAAAUGUGGACAAUGCAGACAAGGAACGGGACAAACAGAAUGAUAUGGACUGGGAGAUGGACCAGAACAAUAGCAACAGCAGUAGCAGUAAUAAUAAUGGUGGUGGUGGUAGUGAUAGCAUGGACAAAAAUAGGGACGCUAAAGAAUGUAUUGUUAGUCGCGUCAGCGCAUUGGUAGACAAGGCAUUGGAAAUGAAACGGACGAAACGAGGAUAUGUGUCAGCGGUUCAGAGCAGUAUCAAACGAGAAGCCAAUCUAUCGGAUUAUACCAUAUGUCUAACAGACAUUGCAACAUUGUUAUACUCAUAGUAUUUAAUAUGCUUGCUUCUUUUUUUUUUUUU